AUGGCUGAAUUGAAUACCGAAUUCCGUGGCUACCGAUCACCAUUAAGCACUCGGUAUGCAAGCAAAGAAAUGCAAUACCUGUUUAGCGACCAGCACAAAUUUUCCACUUGGCGUAAGCUAUGGAUUCUGUUGGCGAAAGCCCAAAAGGCGUUGGGUUUGGACAUUAAGGAAGAGCAGAUUCGAGAGAUGGAAAAACAUGUCGAGGACAUCAAUUUCAAAGAAGCUGCAGCCGAGGAAGCCCUCACCCGUCACGACGUGAUGGCGCACGUGCAUGUGUUCGCCAAACAGUGUCCCCUGGCCGCUCCCAUCAUCCAUCUCGGUGCAACUUCGUGUUUUGUCGGCGACAACACGGAUCUGCUCGUUCUGAAGGAAGCGCUAGACCAGUUGUUACCUAAGCUGGUUGGUGUAAUCAAGCAGCUCGCAGAAUUUGCGAUGCAAUACCGCGAUUUACCCACCCUUGGUUUCACCCAUCUGCAGCCGGCCCAGCUAACUACGGUCGGAAAACGUUGUUCGCUCUGGAUUCAGGACUUACUGAUGGACGAACGUGCACUGCGCACUUGUCGGGAUAACUUGCGGUUUCGCGGGGUUAAGGGCACGACUGGUACGCAAGCAUCUUUUUUGCAGCUUUUUGCCGGUGAUAGCGCAAAAGUGCGUAAACUGGACCAAACCGUCACAAAGUUGGCUGGGUUUGACCGGUACUACGCUGUAACGGGCCAGACGUACUCGCGCAAGGUUGAUCUGGAAAUUGUGUCAGCUUUGGCCAGUCUCGGUGCAACCGUGCAUAAGAUGUGUUCUGAUUUGCGUUUGCUGGCCUCGCGGAAGGAGCUGGAGGAACCGUUCGAAGAGACCCAAAUCGGUAGUUCGGCCAUGCCGUACAAACGCAACCCGAUGCGUUCGGAGCGUUGCUGUGCCCUUGCGCGCCACAUGAUUACAUUGCACGCGAACGCUGCGAACACGCUGGCCGUACAGUGGCUCGAGCGUACGCUUGAUGAUUCGGCCAACCGACGACUAACACUUUCGGAAGGAUUUCUUUCCGCGGAUGCUUGUAUGCUGACCCUGCUGAACAUUUCGCAGGGUCUUGUGGUGUAUCCGAAGGUGAUCGAGCGUAAUAUCGCACAGGAGUUACCGUUCAUGUCGACGGAAAACGUUAUCAUGGCAAUGGUGAAGGCGGGUGGUGAUCGUCAGGUUUGCCACGAAAAAAUCCGCGUACUCUCGCACGAGGCUGGAGCACAAGUGAAACAGCUUGGUAAGGAUAAUGAUCUGGUGGACCGUAUCCGGGCCGAUCCGUAUUUUGAACCGAUUCUUGGUCAGCUUAACAGCAUACUCGAUCCGAAAACGUUCACCGGUCGGGCCGCGGAUCAAGUGGAUGAGUUUGUUAAGGAGGAAGUAAACCCGAUCGUUGCGCUGUACGGAGACAAGGUCGUAACUAAAUCAACACAGUUAAAAAUCUGA